AUGGCUUCGUCGCAGGGCAAGGCUGAGCUGAAAUUCGCCGACUGGAUGGCCAGCCUGCCCCCCAGCAUCUACAGCCUGCCCCUGUCCAACCUGGCCAUCCCAGGGUCUCAUGACUCGUUUAGCUUCUACAUCGAUGAAGCCUCUCCGGUUGGACCCGAGCAACCAGAGACUGUCCAGAAUUUUGUCUCCGUGUUUGGAACUGUGGCUAAAAAGCUGAUGAGGAAAUGGCUGGCCACACAGACGAUGAACUUUACAAGCCAGCUGGGAGCAGGUAUACGGUAUUUUGAUCUUAGAAUCUCCACAAAGCCCAGAGACCCUGAUAAUGAACUCUACUUUGCCCAUGGUCUGUUCAGUGCCAAAGUCAAUGAAGGUCUUGAGGAGAUCAGUGCCUUUCUUGCUGACCAUCAUAAGGAAGUGGUCUUCUUGGACUUCAACCACUUCUACGGGAUGCAGAAGUGUCACCAUGAAAAACUGGUCCAAAUGCUCAAAGAUACUUUUGGGAAUAAAAUGUGCCCAGCUAUAUUUGCUCAUGAAGUUUCUCUCCAGUACCUGUGGGAGAAGGAUUACCAGGUGUUGGUAUUUUAUCACAGUCCAGUGGCUCUGGAGGUUUCAUUUUUAUGGCCAGGACAGAUGAUGCCAGCGCCAUGGGCAAACACCACAGACCCAGAAAAAUUGAUUCAGUUUCUCCAGUCGUCAAUCACUGAGAAAAGAAAGAAGGGCUCUUUUUUUAUAUCUCAGGUGGUGCUGACCCCAAAGGCUAGCACAGUGGUCAAGGGGGUCACCAGUGGUCUCAGAGAAACCAUCACAGAAAGGGCGCUCCCUGCCAUGAUGCAGUGGGUCCGGACUCAGAGAGCGGGUGAAAGCGGCAUCAACAUUGUCACGGCAGACUUUGUCGAGCUCGGAGACUUCAUCAGCACAAUCAUAAAGCUGAACUACAUCUUGGAUGAAGGCGAAGCCGAUACAACUUGA